GGUUUGCGCCGCCGUUCAGCCUGGAAUAUAAAAGAGCAUUUGCAAAUUAAGCUGCAGCGCAGCUGCACGCCAGAGCGAGAAGGUCCGGUUAUCGGCAUCUUGCAGGCGGUAACUCCGCCCGGGGUGGGACUAAGGCGGGGUAACCCCCCCCCAGAUGCCUCACCCCCACCCCGGGGGGCGGGCGGAGUGGGGUUUGGGGGCGGGAAAUGCAGCGAGCAAGCCGGCCGCGAUCGACGAACCAGCUUGGAGGAAACCUCUCCCCGGAUCUCAGCCAGCCGCCGCCGCCGCCAAGAACUCGGCCCAGACACCCCGAGGGGCGGAGUCGCCUGCGAAGCCCAGCCCAGCUCAGGGAAGAAGACCUCCCUCUUCUCCUCCGGCUUUCUCCAUUCUCGAUCCCAGUUACAAAACUCCUCGUCGUCCGUGGACGGCUUGCUGGGCGAAGAUCAUGGUGCCCGAGCUGGAGAAAGCGACCGUCCGAAUGAAGGAUCCUGAACGUGUAAAAAAUAUAAUUUCAGCCCUCAGAAAAGGUGGAGUAGGAAAAUUCCAGGUCAUUUCUGAUUUUGACAUGACUCUGACUCGGUUCGGGUUCAACGGUCGGCGCUGCCCUACUUCCUACAAUAUCAUAGAUAACAGCCGGGUCAUCAGCGAAGAAGGCAAGGAAAAACUAAAAGAUCUGCUCCAUCAUUACUACCCUAUUGAAAUUGAUCCCUACCGGACUAUGGAGGACAAGUUGCCCCUUAUGAUAGAAUGGUGGACGAAGGCCCACGACCUCCUGGCCCAACAGAAGAUAAAGAAAAGCGACAUCGCCCAGGUUGUGAAAGAGUCGGAUGUCAUGCUCAGAGACGGCUUCAACCUCUUAUUUGACCAGCUUCACCAGAACAAAGUACCCCUCUUCAUCUUCUCGGCAGGUGUGGGUGACGUGCUAGAGGAGAUAAUUCGCCAGGCUGGGGCGUUCUAUCCCAAUGUCAAGGUGGUCUCCAACUAUAUGGAUUUUGACAGCAGUGGAGUUCUGCGAGGUUUCAAAGAGCCCCUCAUCCACACCUACAACAAGAACAACACGGUCCUGAAGGAUACAGAAUAUUUCCAGCAGCUGUGCACAAGGACGAACAUCUUACUCCUUGGAGAUUCCAUGGGCGAUCUCACUAUGGCAGAUGGCGUAGUUGAUGUGGAGAACAUCCUCCGGGUUGGUUUCCUGAAUGACAGGGUGGAGGAACAGCGGGGGAAGUACCUUGAAGCCUAUGAUAUUGUGCUGGAGAAAGAUGAAACACUGGACGUGGCAAAUGGCAUCCUUCGUUUUGUUUUGGCCGAAACGGCCCAAGCUACACAGCCUACUUGCCCUUGAUGAGAAGCUGCCAAGAGAUGCUCCGUAUGUUUACACUGCGGCAAGAUCCCUCCGUUUCUUACUGCCCUUUCCUAUGCCAUAGACACCUACCAGUUCUCCCCGUUUCUUGCCAUUGUCAGUAUCAUAGAUCAUUAAAACUGAGCCGAGCUGACAUGUAGCCCCUCCUCUCAACCACCCUGUUCCUUACUUAAAACCCAACCCUGGCUGCACAUGUGGAAUCGCCUUGCGGUACAUUUCUCUGCGGACCAAAAUGUAGAAUUUGCGAGGAAGCAAUCGGGACUCCAAAAGGCAAGCCCAACGCUUGAAGUUUCUCCUUUCGGGUACUGCUAGAUUUAGUUACGAGGACAAAUUUCCAGAGCGAACCAGCUGCAUUUUGAAUCGCGCCAGGUCUGUGGCAACUUCCAGGUUUGAGUUCCUGCUGGUUUCUUGUUUGCAGCAGGCUGAUGAUGUGAAGGGGUUGUGGACUCCAAACUGGGCUGUUUCCACCUCCUUGUGGCUUUGCCGCAUUGUGCAAUCCGAUUGUGCGCAUAGCGAUCGCUUCAUAUAAGCAGAGAACACCCAGAUUCCAUGUUCUGGCAGUGGAUUCUUGCAAAGUUUUGCUGCU